UGCUAACUGACUGACAAUGUCUUCAGGCGAAGAAAACUUUCACAGAUCUUUAACCAAGAAAGAGAAACGAUGUAUUGGAGUAGUUUGCCAUCCAGACUACCACUUAGGUGCUAGUGCCACACACAAACACGAUCUAUGUUCAGAUAUUAUGUGGAAUAUUUUACCUCUGAAUCUGCGGCACAGUCGAAGCAUAGAUUUACCCUGUCAUUCCAAAGAAUUUGAUAAUCUAACAAAAGAGAAAGUAAGUCUACAGUCUUACAAGAAAGUGAAUCCAGGCAAUCCCACAUUUUGGCAAGAGAAAGAUUUUCAUCCGGUUGUAGGUCUCGAAUAUAAUGGAGAUGGAACAUGUGUUAAAAAUAACCUAAAUCAAAAUAAUGGGGAGUAUUUUAGAAAAGAUCUGUAUGAUGCCAAGGAUGUGGUCGGAAAUGAUGCGAAGUUUCCGGAAGUUGAAUAUGACCGGGUUGACGUUCGUAGUAAUUUACCGUGGAACAUUGAAGAAAACUUAGAAAGAAAACGUGUUGAAACUGUUGAUUCGAACUCGAGUUUAAGUAGAGAAAGAAAUAUUCAUAAGAAUUCGUUAAGACGGCAUAGGAGAAGCAGAAAAGAAGAAUUGGAAGCAAAGGAUUCUAUUACUAAAAGACCACUCAUAAAUAGUUCUUCAUCACACUCUUCUGAAUUAUUGUGGGAUCCUUUUGAUAACGAAAUACACACAGAAAGCAAUAACAACAGCUACAAAAGCUAUGAAAAGAAUAGUGAUGAGAAAACAAAGGAGAAGGUGACGGCAAGUGGUGGCCACCGUGUAAACGUUAAGUUGAAGAGCAGUUUUUCUUUAUACCAAGUAAGAACAGAAAGUCCUGUGAUCUCAACUAAUUUCUUCUGGGGUAAGCAAUGUCCACCAAUGCAAAAACGACCUGCUAGAAUAAGAAAUUCGAAAGCGAUUCAAAGACAAUACAGUGAUAUCACACAUAUGUCUUCAAGAUCCGAAGAUGAUAAAAAUAGUGAUGCAAACUUUUAUCACCGAUCCAUUUCUGCCGAUGAUUUUACCAAGAAAGAAGUGAUGAAAUCACUCUCGAACAUUCCAAGCAAUCAUAAUGUGCGAAAGAAGAAAAAGAGCCGCCCAUCUUUUAAGGAUUUAUUAUACAGACGUUUCAAUAUUGGUGUGGAUUACAAUCCCUGGCUGGAAAGACAAGAAAGCUUACCCGACCAGUCGCCUCAUAAUGGGUACCUGUCUGAUGAGAACAGCCAGGACACCCAGGACAAUAAAUUGCUUCCCCUAUGUGGCGGGGAUAGCGAAGAUGAUAGCUUUGACAUACUGCCAUCACCCCGGGUCUCACCCGACAUAACACAUAUCCCAAAUGUUGUCGUUAUAUCAGACUCGGAGACCACGCAAGGCUGUUCAUACAGCAUAAGUUCCAAUACCAACAGACACAAACAUUUUUUAUCAGUUCCAAAAAAGGUAAGUUCUAUACUUCGUUUCACUUUGCUUUAUUUGUUCUAUUGUCUAAUAUUUAUUUAUAUUUAG